AUGGCUUCUGUCUCCAAGCUCACCUGCAUCUACUCCGCCCUCAUCCUGCAUGACGACGAGCUGACGGUCACGGAGGAUAAGAUCAAUGUCCUCAUUAAAGCAGCUGGUGUCAAUGUCGAACCUUUCUGGCCUGGCUUGUUUGCAAAGACUCUGGCCAAUGUCAACAUUGGGAGCCUCAUCUACAAUGUAGGGGCUGGUGGUCCUGCUCCAUCCGCCGCUGCUGCCCUAGCUGAGGAGAAGAAAGUAGAAGCAAAGAAGGAAGAAUCUGAGGAAUCCGAGGAUGACAUGGGCUUUGGUCUUUUGACUAAAACUGCUUUUGUUAACAUGUCCAAUAAAGAGCUGAACCUGUGA